CUCGACUCAAGUUCUUUUCACUUUCGCUUUUGUCGUACUUCUAACUAAACACUUAUCCUUUGUUUCUGUGGAACUUUAUUUAGUUUGCUUGUUUGCGAAAUUUAGAGAAUCUAAAGAAAAAUGAGAAAGAAAAUAAAGAAAAACGAGAAAUAGUCGAAAUUCAAUGAAGAUUAAGAAGAAGUUAGAAAAUGGGGAAUAAGAUGUGUAGUUCAAGAAGGAACAUGGUUGAAGAGAGAUUUACAAGACCACAAAGACUUAUUAGACAACCAUCAUAUGUUGAUUAUAAGAAACUUAGAAAAUUGAUACUCAAUGAAAAACUUGCACCUUGUUUCGAUGGAAUUGAGGAUAUUUCUGAUGAUUCUGACGAUCUUGAAGAAUGUCCCAUUUGUUUCUUUUUUUAUCCUAGUUUGAAUCGAUCCAGAUGUUGUAUGAAAGGAAUUUGCACUGAGUGCUUUUUGCAGAUGAAGCCAUCUCCUGUUACACAGCUAACUCAGUGCCCGUUUUGCAAAUGCUCCAGCUAUACUGUUGAGUACCGUGGGGCAAGAACGAAGGAAGAAAAGUGCAUUGAACAAGCUGAAGAGCAAAAGGUCAUGGAGGCCAAAAUUAGAAUACAAUCUGAAGAAUUGCAAAACUCGGAUCAGGUCAGGCUUACCAAUAGAAACUUGUCUGUCAUGGAAGUUCAGUCUCCAGCUUCAGGUUCCAUGGAGGUGUCAAAUGCAGGCGGUGUACAGGACUUAGGGGCCUUGAGCCUUCCUUCAGCAAAUGGACAUGUUGAUGCUUCCGAAUCUUCACUUCUAAAUGCCUGGAAUGAAAGAAAUGCAGAAUUUGGUGUAGAUCUUGAAGAACUCAUGAUGAUGGAAGCUAUUUGGCGCUCUAUUCAGGAUACCGCCUCACAUAAGUGUGCAUCUGAGCGAUCUUCAGGCUCAAAUGGCAAUGGUAGAUCCCGAAUUGAGAACUACCUUCCAUACGAAAUCAUAUCAUCUUCAACACUCACAGACCUUCCGGAUUGUCUUCCAUCAGAUUCAGCAAGUGGUGGAAUUGCUAUUGCAGUUGCAAGAAUUGCUGAAAGAAGCAUUCUUCACUCCGGAACAUUUCACUCAAUUAGGGAAUUCAGUCAGACUAGUCAAACCCAAGAUGAAAUUUCUGUGGGAGAACACGAGGCUGGACCUUUUGAAUCUUCUGAAGAUCCUGACUUCAAUGAUGCAAGAUCAGGAAAUGAAUGUCUCUCCAUUUCUGCAACCAGUAGUGAUGAUAGUUGGGAUUCAUUCUCUGCAUCUUUCCAAGAUAGAAAUCAAUGUUCAGAUGAAGACGGUUUCAACUCUGAUGAAGAUCCAGUAAUGGAGGUUUUCGACACCGACUCCUCUUGUUCAAGUAGUGUUCAUACAAUCUCAGAUGUGUCUACUAACCAAAUCCCAAGUGAUUGCAACAAUUAUGAGAGCUACUGCGGCUCCAACCAUCCAGGCCCUAUAGCCUCACAAGCUGAAUUAAGGUUGUUGGAUAACUCCAAUUCAUAGUAUACGACUGAAUUUUUAUGCCUUACAUUGGAUUAUAAUAACUCAAGGUCUUGUAAAGGAUGGAUCGAGAAUGAUGAUGCACUCAUCCAUAUUUGCUUAGGAACUCCGUUCAGGCUUGUUGGAUCAUUCACCUCAGGAUUUUCAACCUUUUUAAAAGCAUCCCGAAAUUUGGGUUUCAAAUUACUAUUUGGUGUGAAAUGUAUCAUAACUUGUGCAUGUGAUUUAUCUUGUACAUUAUAGGCACGCCACAUAGAUCAACCGAGAAGAAUUAAAUUUGUUGUUGUUAGGCGUGUGAAACAUUUUAGUGAUUGUGUUUUUGGUUAACAUUGGAAAUAUAAAUGCUAUUCUUUUUAUAAUGGCAAUGUAACAAAUUGCCAACUUUUUAAAGAAUUAUUACAAGCAACA